AGGGAUGCUGGUCCAUGUUGACUCUACAAGGUGUUGAAAGCGUUCCACAGGGAUGCUGGCCCAUGUUGACUCUACAAGGUGUUGAAAGCGUUCCACAGGGAUGUUGGCCCAUGUUGACUCUACAAGGUGUUGAAAGCGUUCCACAGGGAUGCUGGCCCAUGUUGACUCUACAAGGUGUUGAAAGCGUUCUACAGGGAUGCUGGCCCAUGUUGACUCUACAAGGUGUUGAAAGCGUUCCACAGGGAUGUUGGCCCAUGUUGACUCUACAAGGUGUUGAAAGCGUUCCACAGGGAUGCUGGCCCAUGUUGACUCUACAAGGUGUUGAAAGCGUUCCACAGGGAUGCUGGCCCAUGUUGACUCUACAAGGUGUUGAAAUCGUUCCACAGGGAUGCUGGUCCAUGUUGACUCUACAAGGUGUUGAAAGCGUUCCACAGGGAUGCUGGCCCAUGUUGACUCUACAAGGUGUUGAAAGCGUUCCACAGGGAUGUUGGCCCAUGUUGACUCUACAAGGUGUUGAAAGCGUUCCACAGGGAUGCUGGCCCAUGUUGACUCUACAAGGUGUUGAAAGCGUUCCACAGGGAUGCUGGCCCAUGUUGACUCUACAAGGUGUUGAAAGCGUUCCACAGGGAUGUUGGCCCAUGUUGACUCUACAAGGUGUUGAAAGCGUUCCACAGGGAUGUUGGCCCAUGUUGACUCUACAAGGUGUUGAAAGCGUUCCACAGGGAUGUUGGCCCAUGUUGACUCUACAAGGUGUUGAAAGCGUUCCACAGGGAUGCUGGCCCAUGUUGACUCUACAAGGUGUUGAAAGCGUUCCACAGGGAUGCUGGCCCAUGUUGACUCUACAAGGUGUUGAAAGCGUUCCACAGGGAUGCUGGCCCAUGUUGACUCUACAAGGUGUUGAAAGCGUUCCACAGGGAUGCUGGCCCAUGUUGACUCUACAAGGUGUUGAAAGCGUUCCACAGGGAUGCUGGCCCAUGUUGACUCUACAAGGUAUGCUCAAUUGGAUUGAGAUCAUGGUGACUCGGCAGGCCACCGGUGAAUUCACUGUCAUGUCCGUGGAGCCAUUCCUGUAUUAUCUUAGCCUAUUAGCAGAAGGAUACACUGUUGCCACGAAGGGAUGCACCUGA